GUGGCUCAGGGCGCCGGUGGCCGCCGGCUCCCGCUUCCGCGCCCCUGCCUUUCGCCAGCGCCACCGACAGGUGCACUGCUGUCAGGUGGCCCUGGAAGCGCCAGGCUGGGGCCGCCCCUGAGCGCCCCGCAGGGGCCAUGGAUGGCGAGACAGGAGAGGAACAAGGGGGCCCGUUGCCCCCGCCAGGUGCACCUUCCGGACCCGGCCCAGCUGGCGCCCUGGCCCUCACGGGGCGGCGGGAGCCCAAGAAGUACGCAGUGACCGAUGACUACCAGUUGUCCAAGCAGGUGCUGGGCCUGGGUGUGAACGGCAAGGUGCUGGAGUGCUUCCACAGGCGCACCGGUCAGAAGUGUGCUCUGAAGCUCCUGUACGACAGCCCCAAGGCCCGGCAGGAGGUGGACCACCACUGGCAGGCCUCGGGUGGCCCCCACAUCGUGCGCAUCCUGGACGUGUACGAGAACAUGCAUCACAGCAAGCGCUGUCUCCUCAUCAUCAUGGAAUGCAUGGAAGGUGGUGAGUUGUUCAGCAGGAUUCAGGAGCGUGGCGACCAGGCUUUCACUGAGAGAGAAGCUGCAGAGAUCAUGCGUGAUAUUGGCACCGCCAUCCAGUUUCUGCAUAGCCAGAACAUCGCCCACCGAGACGUCAAGCCUGAAAACCUGCUGUACACAUCCAAGGAGAAAGACGCAGUGCUCAAGCUCACCGACUUUGGCUUUGCCAAGGAGACCACCCAGAAUGCCCUGCAGACACCCUGCUACACUCCCUAUUAUGUGGCUCCUGAGGUCCUGGGUCCUGAGAAGUAUGACAAGUCGUGUGACAUGUGGUCUCUGGGAGUCAUCAUGUACAUCCUCCUGUGCGGCUUCCCGCCCUUCUACUCCAACACGGGCCAGGCUAUCUCCCCAGGGAUGAAGAGGAGGAUCCGCCUGGGCCAGUAUGGCUUCCCCAACCCCGAGUGGUCAGAGGUCUCUGAAGAUGCGAAGCAGCUGAUCCGCCUCCUGCUGAAGACGGACCCCACGGAGCGGCUGACCAUCACGCAGUUCAUGAACCAUCCCUGGAUCAAUCAAUCCAUGGUGGUGCCGCAGACCCCCCUCCACACAGCCCGAGUACUGCAGGAAGACAAAGACCACUGGGAUGAUGUCAAGGAGGAGAUGACCAGUGCCCUGGCAACCAUGCGAGUGGACUACGACCAGGUGAAGAUCAAGGACCUGAAGACCUCUAACAACCCGCUCCUCAACAAGCGAAGAAAGAAGCAGGCGGGCGGCUCCUCGGCCUCGCAGGGCUGUAACAACCAGUAGCUCGCGGGGCCUCGGAGGAGCUGGGCCUCUGAGCCUCGGGGACAGACUGGAGUGGGCUAAGGCCCUGACCCGGAGGGCCCAGGGUCAUUUUUUUUUAAACAAAAGGACUAUUUUGUUGUGUUUUAAUUUGUCACUUGAAACUUCAGGAUGGAGUACGAUGACCCCCCAUCUCCUUCAGAGCCCCAGUUCAGGCUCCGGCCUUAGA